CCGUCUCCCAUGGACACUUACACAAAUCUUCCUCACUGGGGGACUUUCUCCCAUCCUUCCUCCCUGCCCCUCCUGACGCUCUCACAUCAGGAACACAUUUCUAACCACUGGGGAAUGAGACAGUAUAUGUGGAGUUUACAGAGUCACACCAACAGACUAAAGUACUGACAUUCGGUGAAUACCCUGGAGCUGGGCAGUGAGGGGCAUUGACAGUGAUGGAAACUCUGAUCAGUGAUUUACUGAAGGGUUUAAUGUUUCCUGAAAUAUCCGAGGGAGAGAAUUUCCCCCCAGACCCAUGGUUUGAAUCACUUUGUUCAUCAAUCUGUCUAUCUGUGUUUAGACUUGGGGAGAAUGAACUGGGAGAUUCAGGAGUGAAACUGGUGUCUGUGGCUCUGAGGAACCCGGAGUGUAAAAUCCAGACACUGUGGCUGGACACUGUCGGUCUCACAGAUUCUGGUGCUGAGGAUCUCGCCGCUGCUCUCAGUACAAACCCAUCACUAAUGGAGCUGAACCUGAGUUAUAACGAACUUGGAGAUUCAGGAGUGAAAUUAGUAUCUGCAGCUUUGGGGAACCCGGAGUGCAAAAUACUGAAACUGCAGCUGUGGAAAGUCGGUCUCACAGAUUCUGGUGCCGAGGAUCUCGCCUCCGCUCUCAGUACAAACCCAUCACUGACGGUGCUGGACCUGAGAUACAACUCUCUGACAGACCGAUCUGUCCCUGCUCUCCGCCGCCUCAUACUGACCCUCCCGAGUCUGGAGCGGAUCCUGCUGUACAGUAACCGGUUCAGUUGGACCGGGGAGAAGGAACUGAGAUCUCUGCAGGAACCCAGACCCGGACUGAGAGUGAUCGUGUGAACAUCCCCGCCCACGGGAUGGGGACAUCUUGGCCGAUUCCCUGCCCUCAACUUUAACACCCUCCCUUACCUUUAAUGG